CAGACCGCCUCCCGAACCCGUCCUCCGGGGGGUCCUGCUCCGCGCUCGCCACACGUCAAAGAAAGAGGGGCGCGAGACGGACUCGCACCAGCACCCGGACUCGGACCCGGACCUAUGCGAGUGGAUGGUUCCACGGAACCCCUUCCCGCGUAGUCAGGAUAAGCAGACUGAGCUCCCUUCAGUGGCACCAGCCACCUAAAGAAAUCCCCCUCCCCGGCUACAGCGCUCACUCCCAGCCUUGUGCCUGGGGUCAGGAUGAAUGUGACCACGAUCCUCUUGAUCUUUUUGGUAUUCGGAUCCGUCCAGCCUCACAGACUGUGGCACGGAGGUGGGCGGAGCAGGGCUCAUGGCAGAGGAAGAUUGGGUAUGGCCAAGCGCUUUGCACCAGAAUGCACACGGUACAGAGAAGCUGGGGAGAAGCACUUGGACUGCCAGGACCGGCAGCUAACUGCGAUCCCCCCCUCAGGCUGGCCCGAGGACACGGUCCACCUGCUGCUGGCCCGGAACAGGCUGCAAGUUCUGCGGAGCAACACUUUUGCUCAGUUCCGGUUCUUGAAAAGCUUGGACCUGCAGCAGAACAAGCUGAUGAGGAUUGAUGCGGAUGCCUUCGCCGGCCUUAGCCGGCUGACUACGCUACUCCUGCAACACAACAGCCUGCAUUUCUUGAGUGAGGAGGUGCUGCUCCCGCUACCCCGUCUCACCUACCUGCGUCUCUAUGAUAAUCCCUGGGACUGCCAGUGCCAGCUUGACAGCCUGGUCCGGACCCUGCAGGUGCCCAGCAACCGUAACCUGGGCAAUUUUGCCAAGUGCAAGGAGCCCCCUGCCCUACAUGGCCAGAAACUGAAGAGGAUUAGACCUGAACUGCUGUGUCCUGAACUAGAGGAAAGAAUCCCCCAGGAGCCCAAGGCAGGUUCCAGUGUCCUUCCACCCAUCAGGACAAAGCCCGAGGCUAUAGACACCUGCCAUACCUACAUGUUCCCCAAACCCCUCCUGGACUGCGGGAAUCAAGAUCUAAGGAAUGUUCCAGAGAAUAUUCCCCCAGAUAUAGUCCAGGUGGACUUGUCCAGGAACAACAUCAAACAGCUGAGGGCCAGCGAGUUUGUGGCAGCCAGAGCCCUUAAAUCUCUGAACCUGAGCACCAAUGGCCUGGAGGCCAUCGAUACAGCUGCCUUUGCAGGGCUCCUGCACCUGCGGGAGUUGGAUCUGUCCAACAACAGCCUGCACUAUGUCCAAUAUGGCGUUCUUGAGGACCUGUACUUUGUGCGAAGGCUGGUUCUUGGGGGAAACCCCUGGGUGUGUGACUACAACAUCCACUACCUGGUGUAUUGGCUAAAGCUGCACCCCGGUGUGCAGCACUUCGGACUGGUGUGCCGUUCACCAGAAAAGUUUGCCGGCUGGACCGUGCAGGACUAUGUGAAGACCUACAAUGGAGACUGUCCUGAGGACAACCUGCUGGACCAGAAUAACUACGACUAUGGGGAGGAGGUUAGAGCUGAGACAAAUGAAGAAGCGAUCACAUUUCAGCCCAGUCCUCUGAGGGUUCCAAAGAAAUUCAAAGUAAUAAGAUUAAAUUAAAUAAAAAACACCUG